AUUCCAAAACGUAAACGUCGGUGUCUUGAUCGUAACAUUUGAUACCUUAAUAGGUCGUUUGCAAGUUGUCUCCAAUAUGCAUCGAUCCGUUUUCUCGGCUGUACUUAUGGUGGUUGGGGUUGCAUCGACUGUUGCGUUUUCCUUAAAUAGAAUAGGUGGACAGACUGCUCCGCCUACAGCAGGUCGACCGUCGGAGGUGUUGCUGCAUGCAACGAGUGGCGAUAACAGGAAACGCAAGCGACGUCGCAAAACGGUGCCGGGUGCAGUGUCUCCGGAUCCGAUCAAGGAUGCACAAGAAAAGAUCGAAGGCGUUGAGAGUGAAGCCAAUGAUGGGGAUGGACUGACGAAAGACGACCUUCUGAACGUUGCGAGAGUUGCAAAUUUUGAGUUUAAUCCCAUCAGUGAGAUUGCUGUCGGUAUCGAAGACGAAAAGGUCGCGCAAAAGACUCCCGAAAACGUAAUCCGUUUGCCGGACAUUAAGGAAGCGAAAAAGAAAAAGCAAAUGGAAGAAGAACUUGCGCGAAUGGCUGAAGAAGAAGAGAAGAGCAAAGUUAAAAUCAAACGCAGCGAUAAGGAGGCAUUUCGAAGGCUUUUGGAGCAACAACCUUUCGCAGAUGCCGACGACUCGUUCUUUGAAGAAGAAGCGUAUGGAACCGUUAGUGCUUUACUCGGAGAAAGGGCAAAGCCUUUCAUUGGCAUUCCUACUGGUCCUCUUCAAGUUGGGCACUUCGUUGGAGCGUUGGGAUUGCUGCUAAUGGCUUACGUUGAGUACCCCGGGUUCCCGCUCACGAAUCUACCAACGCCACUUCGUGAUUGUCUACAGGGUGGUCUUGGAACAAUAUACGCGAUCAACACAGUUCUAGCAGUUCUCGCCUUAUUCAAAGCAGGAGAGCGAGGUCAGCCAAAAUGGCUGUGGAUUGCGAAGACGUUUUCUGUUGGUGGCCUUGCAUAUGACCAGCUCACUCAACUACC